CUUCCAGCCCAGGACAGUCACUUCGGUGUCGAUCCAGCUUUAUAUUCCUGGUAGACUCCCCCAGACCCAAAGCGUCCUGGGACGCGUUGUGUCGGACUUGGUCACUACAGUCGUUGACAGCACCGCUGGUCUUUGUCACAUCUUUGGGACGUUUCAUGAGCAAACAUCAUGUUUGCUCCUAAUGACUUGGGCCCGACCGUGAUUAUAACGGCGUAUACACUCACGAGUGUAUCAACCCUGAUUGUUGGCCUCAGAUUUUAUUGUCGAAUAUGGGUGGUAGGGAAGUUCAAGUCUUAUGACUAUAUCAUGCUGCUAGCUCUGAUUUGUACGUGGGCUACAUGUGUGAACAAUCAUUUACAAAUGCACUAUGGAACUGGGCAACAAUCUCCCCCUCCUCCCCCACCGGGAGUCGCGAUUAAACCUUUUCCACCUGAGGUACUCAAAGUGAUCCGAGAGAUGCAACUCGGCUCAGCUCGAACAUGGUAUGCUUAUCAGAUCUUGUACCUCGCCGAUCUUGGCAUCAUAAAGUUCUCAGUACUUUUCUUCUACCUCAGCAUUGCAACACAGCGAACGUUCCGGGUCCUGUCUUACGCCUCAUUGAUUGUGACUGCUCUUGCCACAUUUGCAUUGAUAGCUGUAAACGCGUUUGAGUGUCCGCAAGACCUGUCUCUCGCUCUAAGGCCCGAUAUCUUCCUCAAGCGAAAAGAAUGGGGAUGCUUCGACCUCGCCCCGAUAUACUACGCCGCCGCAGCCUUCAAUAUCUUCUCUGAUGCCUUCAUACUGGUUCUGCCAUUGCCGCUACUGCUCAAGCUCCGCAUGCACACUUUGAAGCGAGUCUCUCUUCUGUUACUUUUCUCAAUCGGCAUUCUAGUACCCAUCGCAUCGGGUAUUCGACUUUGGAGCAUAUUCCUUUGGCAUGGAAGCAAAACCGAGGGACGCUACUAUGGGGCAUAUGUCAUAUUCUGGUCCCAGGUUGAGGUCAAUGUGGCUAUCAUGUGCGCAUCAGCUCCCUCUCUCCAGCCGCUCGUCAAACGCAUCUUCGGCGAAGUCGCCAGGCACCGGAGCCAUAGUGCCUAUUACUACUAUGGCGGCGGAUCCCACAAUAUGUCCGAGAUCACACCACCGAGACGAGGCACUUUGAGUAAUCCGGACUCGACGAUGGACCUGGAGAGCUUGCCAGAGACGUAUCAGCCGGACAGACACCGCGUGAAAGAUAACAUAACGGAGCCACACAUUGACCGAGACGUAGUGAGCGUCCGGGAAAUGACGGAGGAAGAGGUUUUGAGAGACCGUGUGCGACGGUUUGCCUCGCAUCGAAGUUCAAUGCAAUCAGUACCUCCGAAGUCGCCUGCAAGGCCACACGAUAUCCUGUCACAUGGAUGAAGCCUUCAAAUGCCUUUUCCCCGAUUAAAAUAAUCAUCUACCGAGAGCUUCCAUGCUCGACGCUUCUUCUCCGGUUCUGUCCAUGUGGAUCUCGCCCACUCUUGCGACGAAAGGAACGUGCGCAAAGCGCAUUGGUUGAUCAUCCAAGGGAAUGCACGGCCGCAACAAGGCGGCUCAGAAGAAACGACGUUCUGAAGAUAUCUCUGUCAGAGACAGGAAGCCUUGGUUCCCAGCCAUUGCUACCUAGGUCCGCGGAAGACCUGGACCUGA